UAAACAGUCGCUUAAGAGCGUCUAAAGAUACGCUUAUCACGUUACAGUGACGCUAUAUCUAUCUUUUCGUGUCACAGGAGGAGCGAGCGAGCUUGGGACACUACUCGCAGAGUCGAUUGAUCGAAAAGCCACCAUGGUCUAUCACAGGAACUUGCUCCAAGUGCAGCCUUCGGAGGCUAUAUACCAAGAUCUGAGGGCCAUUGGCACCGCGUCCCGUGAUAUCGGGAUCCAGCUCGCCGCUACCGUUUCUGCGGGGCAUUUCGGAUUCCUGAGAUGGCUUGCAACCAUAGCUGCCAUAUUCCUCAUUGUUGUGGAUAGAACCCACUGGAAGACUGAUCUCCUGACCGGGCUGCUGGUGCCUUACAUCUGGCUCAACCUUCCUCCAAUCCUCUUCGGCUUCUUCAGGGGCGAGGUCGGCAAGUGGAUUUCCCUCAUCACUGUUAUUGUCCGUCUCUUCAUCCCCCGAAAGUUCCCAGAGGAAGCGGAGCUGCCCGUGUCACUCAUCCUCCUCAUCGUCGUUGCUCCAAACCUCCUGGCCGACUCGGUGAGAAACAGCUUAGCUGGGAUAAUCGUGAGCUUGGCAAUCGGCUGCUACCUCCUCGUCCAGCACAUCAACAAUGCCGGUGGCUUCCGCAAGGCGUUCGCCGCGCAAAACGGCAUCCCAAACACCAUUGGCAUCCUCCUCCUCUUCGUCUCGCCGCUCUGGGAGAUCUUCCACCACUACCUCUGAGCUUUGUGUAUAUAGCCCAGCAAGAGCUCCUCUUGGCUAUGCAAUAAGCUCUUUGGGUCGAUCACUUGAUCUCUUUUCUAGCCAUCGUUGCUCGAGAGCUUUGAUCUGGAAGUAUUGCUCGAGACCGGCAUGAGCUUCGUUCUCAAAAAAGUCAAACUUGCAAGUUCUUAGCC